AUGGCAAAAUUGAGAGAAAAGUAUAAAAACAAAAACUCAAGUGAUACUCGUGACUUAGAUGUUAUUGAGCUGAAGGCUUUUAUUGGACUGCUUAUGCUUACAGCUAUCUUUAAAUCUAAUCACGAAGACAUUCGUUCAAUUUUUGCGACGGAUGGAUCGGGUCUAGAUAUAUUCAGAUGUGUGAUGAAUUCAAAUCGUUUUGCUAUUAUUCUGGUAUGCUUACGAUUCGAUGACCCAGAAACUAGACUCGAACGUAAAAAGAAUGACACAUUAGCUCCAAUCUCUGACAUAUUCAAUGCUUUCAUUAAAAAUUGUCAAAGCGCUUACACUCUAGGUACAAAUAUGUGUAUAGAUGAAAUGUUAGUUUCAUUUAGAGGACGCUCAAAAUUUAAAAUGUACAUGCCAGCAAAGCCUUGUAAAUAUGGAUUAAAAGUUAUGGCUUUGACCGACGCUAGAACUAGAUAUCUAUAUAAUGCAUAUAUUUAUUGUGGCAAAGAUUCGGAUGGUUUCGACUUGUCUGAUACUGAAAAACUAUAUUCCAAGCCCACGCAAGCAGUGCUCAAACUUGCUAAGCCAAUUUUCGGCACGCACAGAAACAUAACUGCCGAUAAUUGGUUUACUUCUAUAGAAUUAGUAAAUUUACUAAAAAGUAAAGGCCUGACCUACGUUGGAACGAUAAAAAAAAAUAAAGGUGAAAUUCCAGUUAGUUUUCUACCAAACAAACAAAGAUCUAUAGGUUCUAGUUUGUACGGUUUUACCAGUGACAUUACCCUACUCUCUUACGUUCCAAAGAAGUACAAGGCUGUUUUAUUGGUCUCCUCAAUGCACCAUAAUGAAGGAAAGGUAGGGGAAUCCGGUAAACCAGAAAUAAUUGACUUUUACAAUCUAACAAAAAGGGGGGUAGAUAGCAUAGUGUAGUGUUUAUUCGACGGGUCGAAGAACGCGGCGUUGGCCAAUGGCACUUUUUUAUAGAAUGCUGGAUAUUUCCACUGUCAACUCUUAUUUGGUUCAUCAGUCAUGCCGAGAUAAUGUCGAAAUGAAACGUUUCAAUUUCAAUAAACAUCUUGCAAUGCUGCUAGUGGAACCAGAAAUGAGACGUCGUUUUCAAAAUAUGCGCAUCAGUCGGGAAGUCAGAAUGUGUAUUGGUCGGGUUUUAAAAAUAGAAGACCAUACUGCUAACCAGGAAGAAAAAUUUGAGGUCAGAAAAUAUUGCAAACGUUAUCCAGCUAAAAAAAAGACGAAAAACAGCACACUCCUGCAUAAUUUGUAAAAUCCCAAUAUGUAUGGAUUGCACUAGAAGAGUUUGCGUGGACUGUGCAAAAUGAAAAAAUAUCUUGGUAAAACCUACUGCACGUUUCGAGAAUAUUACUUUCACGUUAAUUUAUAAUCAUUGUAAGUAUUCUGUUUUACGUUUUUAAUGAGUUUUGUAUGAAAAGUACUUCGCAUUUCAUUUUUUUUUAUCCUAAAAAGGUAC